UCAGCGCGCAUCACCGGAGAGAGAGAAAGAUAGAGAGACCUUGUGGCACUCAGUGCUUGUGUUUGAGAGAGAGUUAACCACUGUCAAAGCCGAUUACAGUUACCGGGUCUGUGAUUCUGUCAUCGUCUGUGCACUUGAGGGUUCUCCCCGCCUCUCUUAUUCUCCUUCUUGUUUGUUGUUGUUUAUUUACAGAAGCGUGUUUUUGACAGCGAGAAGCAUGGAUUUAUUUUAGCGACUGUGGGACUCGGACAGAUGUACUAUGAGUUCCUCUGCAGAAGCGCUCCCGUCAGCGGGGCAACUUUCCCGUGCGCCACGGCGCCCUUGAUCCACGCGUAUCUCGGUGCCAAAGUUUACACGCAACCCCUCACGCAUGCGAUGAUGGGCUCGCGGUGAAAGCACCAUAGUCCCACUUUGUUCUCUCUUCCAAACCGAACGGCGAAAAUGCAGAAGAGCGUCCGCUACAACGAAGGACACGCGCUGUUUCUGUCGGUGGUCGCGCGUAAAGAGGGGACUAAGCGCGGCUACCUGUGCAAGAAGACAGCGGAGAACAGUCGAUGGCACGAGAAGUUCUUCGCCCUCUACCAGAAUGUACUGUUCUACUUCGAGAACGAGCAGAGCGCGCGACCUGCAGGGAUUUACCUGUUGGAAGGAUGCACCUGCGAGCGCACGCCGGCGCCAAAGAUGUCCACCACUGGGAAGGAGGCGCUGGAGAAACAGCACUACUUCCUGAUCGUGUUUGGCCACGAUGGACAGAAGCCUCUGGAGCUGCGGACGGAGGAGGAGAGUGAGUGCGACGAAUGGGUGGAGGCCAUCCAGCAGGCGAGUUACUCUGACAUCAUCAUUGAACGUGAGGUGCUGAUGCAGAAAUACAUUCACCUCGUGCAGAUUGUGGAGACUGAGAAGGUGGCUGCCAAUCAGCUGCGCACCCAACUAGAAGAUCAGGACACUGAAAUUGAGAGGCUCAAAGCAGAGAUUGUAGCUCUGAACAAAACUAAGGAGCGAAUGCGGCCUUACCAUGUCAACCAUGAAAAUGAAGAUCCAGAUAUCAAAAAGAUCAAGAAGGUGCAGAGCUUCAUGCGGGGCUGGCUCUGUCGGAGGAAGUGGAAGAUCAUCGUUCAGGACUAUAUCUGCUCUCCUCACGCUGAGAGCAUGAGGAAGAGGAACCAGAUCGUCUUCAACAUGGUGGAGGCAGAGACAGAGUACGUCCACCAGCUCUACAUCCUGGUCAACUGUUUCCUCAGACCUCUGAGGAUGGCUGCCAGUUCCAAGAAACCCCCCAUCAGCCAUGAUGACGUCAGCAGCAUCUUCCUCAACAGCGAGACCAUUAUGUUCCUACAUGAGAUCUUCCAUCAAGGCUUGAAGGCGAGGAUAGCCAACUGGCCGACUUUGGUGCUGGCUGACCUGUUUGACAUCCUGCUGCCCAUGCUGAACAUCUAUCAGGAGUUUGUGCGCAACCAUCAGUACAGCCUGCAGGUUUUGGCCAACUGUAAGCAGAACAGAGACUUUGACAAGCUGCUGAAACAAUACGAGUCUAACGCUGCCUGUGAGGGGAGGAUGCUGGAGACCUUUCUCACAUACCCUAUGUUCCAGAUUCCUCGCUACAUCAUCACCUUGCAUGAGCUGUUGGCGCACACGCCUCACGAGCAUGUAGAGCGCAAGAGUCUAGAAUUUGCCAAGUCCAAAUUGGAGGAACUGUCGAGAGUCAUGCACGACGAGGUCAGUGACACUGAGAACAUCAGGAAGAACCUGGCUAUAGAGAGGAUGAUAGUGGAGGGCUGUGACAUCCUCCUUGACACAAGCCAGACCUUUGUGAGGCAGGGCUCUCUGAUCCAGCUGCCGUCAGUGGAGCGAGGGAAACUGAGUAAGGUCCGCCUCGGCUCUCUCUCCCUGAAGAAGGAAGGGGAAAGACAGUGCUUCCUCUUCACCAAACAUUUCCUCGUCUGUACACGCAGCUCUGGUGGAAAACUGCACCUCCUCAAGCAAGGCGGAGUCUUGUCCCUGAUUGACUGCACGCUCAUAGAGGAACCAGAUGCCAGUGACGAGGAGUCUAAAGCAGGCGGUCAGGUUUUUGGCCAGCUGGACUUCAAGUUGGUGGUGGAGCCGUCAGACUCACCGUCAUUCACGGUGGUGUUACUGGCACCGUCACGGCAGGAGAAGGCAGCGUGGACCAGCGAUAUUAGCCAGUGUAUAGAUAACAUCCGCUGUAAUGGCUUGAUGACCAGUGUAUUUGAGGAGAACUCUAAAGUCACUGUGCCUCAUAUGAUCAAAUCCGAUGUGCGUCUCCAUAAAGAUGAUGUUGACAUUUGCUUCAGCAAGACGCUCAACUCCUGCAAGGUCCCCCAGAUCCGCUACGCCAGCGUGGAGCGGCUGCUGGAGAGGCUGACAGAUCUGCGCUUCCUCUCCAUCGACUUCCUCAACACCUUCCUGCACACGUACAGGAUCUUUACCACGGCAACGGUCGUCAUGGACAAACUGGCCGACAUCUACAAGAAGCCCUUCUCGUCGAUACCUAUCAGGUCUCUGGAGCUUUUCUUUGCCACCAAUCAGAAUAACAGAAGUGGUGAGCACACAAAUGACAAAUCACCUCGUCUCUGCCGCAAGUUCUCCUCUCCGCCUCCUCUGUCCAUCCCUUCCCGCACUUCCUCUCCUGUCCGUACACGAAAGCUCUCCCUCCACUCCCCUAUCACUGGCAGGGUCGGAGGGCUCGACCUGACCAGUCCCCUGUCAAACUCCAGCACUAACCAUAGCACUUCCCAGUCUGCUGCCAGUAGCCCCACAUCUGCCCACACCCCCCAAACCCCCACGCCACAGACUCCCACUCCAACCACCUCCUCUCCGUCUCCUCCUCUCUCCUCUACCUCUCCACCGCCAAACAAUUCCAAGCCACCACAAGAACAAGCUCCUCCCAUUCCCUCGUCUCCGGAUCAGAGUCCUUGCUCAACUACCGAAGGGGAGGAGGUGCAAAAGAUCGACCCUUUCUGCGGCAAACUGAGAAGGAGCAUCCGCAGAACUGUGCUCGAGUCUGUGUCACUGGAGAAAAUUAUCCCCGAGUCUCCUCAGACCAGUGAAGCAGGAGACAUGUCUCCAUGUCGCUCCCCUUCUACACCUCGGCACCUCCGCUACAGACAGCCUGGAGUCCAGUCCGGGGAGAACUCACGCUGUCCAGUCUCUCCUGCUUCAGCUUUCGCUAUCGCCACCGCUGCAGCAGGCCAUGGUUCACCACCAGUGUUUACUAACUCUGAAAGAACUUGUGAUAAAGAUUUCAUCAUCCGCCGCGCUGCAACUAACAGAGUUCUCAACGUGCUGAGGCACUGGGUCUCCAAACACUCGCAGGACUUUGAGAUGAAUGGGGACCUGAAGAUGUCGGUGAUCUGUCUCCUGGAGGAGGUGCUGAGAGAUCCGGACCUCCUGCCUCAGGAGAGGAAAGCCACUGCCAACAUAUUAAGUGCCCUUUCUCAGGACGAGCAGGAUGAUGCCCAGCUGAGGAUAGAGGAUAUCUUACAGAUGGCUGACUGUCCGAAGGCCGAGUGUUUCGAGUCUCUCUCUGCGAUGGAGCUGGCGGAGCAGAUCACGCUGCUGGAUCACAUUGUCUUCAGGAGCAUUCCUUAUGAAGAGUUCCUCGGCCAGGGCUGGAUGAAGGUGGAUAAGACAGAAAGGACGCCCUACAUCAUGAAAACCAGCCAACACUUCAAUGAUAUGAGUAACCUGGUGGCAUCACAGAUCAUGACCCACACAGACGUAGGCUCGAGGGCCAGCUCCAUAGAGAAGUGGGUCGCUGUGGCUGACAUCUGCCGCUGUCUCAACAACUACAACGGAGUUCUGGAGAUUACAUCUGCGCUCAACCGCAGUGCCAUCUACCGCCUGAAGAAGACCUGGGCUAAAGUCAGCAAACAGACUAAAGCGCUGAUGGACAAACUGCAGAAGACUGUGUCCUCUGAGGGGAGGUUUAAAAAUCUGAGGGAAACCUUAAAAAACUGCAACCCUCCAUGUGUGCCAUACCUGGGAAUGUAUCUAACAGACCUGGCCUUUAUCGAGGAGGGAACCCCUAAUUUUACAGACGAGGGCCUCGUUAACUUCUCCAAAAUGAGAAUGAUAUCACACAUCAUCAGAGAGAUCCGACAAUUUCAGCAGACUCCGUACAGAAUAGAGCAUCAAGCCAAGGUGACCCAGUACCUCCUGGAUAAGACUCUGAUCAUGGAUGAAGACACCCUCUAUGAUCUCUCUCUGAAGAUCGAGCCCAGGCUUCCAGCCUGAGUUACAGCUGUUAGUGGCCAGUGGGAGCCUGCUGAACCUAGACCCCUGAGGGCAAAAUGCCCACGUAAUCACAAAUGGGGCAGUUUACAGAGCGACAUUGAAAUGGAAAUCAGGGGGAUUAAAGUGAGAGUUUAUUGUUGAAUGAAAUGGAGAGUCUAACAAUGGACCUAAUGAGGGAGCAUGAGACAGGCUAAGGUUUUUUGAGGUGGCUGACUGAUUGUUUUCAAGAAGAACAAGGAGGAAAAGGUUUUGAUUGCAUUUUGUGAGGGUUUUCAGGAAAUGGUGUGUCGCUGUGUAUUCACCAUUCCUCAAUGGAGAAGUAUGGUGCACACGUCCACAGACAGCCUGAUAGUGCAGGAAAGGCUGAAUGGAUGAAGUACAGUGGGUAUAACAGAGAUGUAGCAUAUACAGAUAGUGUGACAGAGAGAUGUUUGAACUGGUGUCUCUGUGCUGUUGUCUGUGAUCUGUUGUCUGUGUUAGUCCGUGCCAUGUCCCGGAGCGAGAGCCCCAAAAAAAGCUUUCUGUCAUGAUGGUAAUACUUGCAUGAUUUCAGCUUUGGAUGUAACUGUUGAAAUGGCCUUCAACCUGACCCCUCUGACCCCCUCAGCUUAGCACGCUUCACUCUAACCAGGGUGUCUCUCUAAGCCACUAUGCAUCCUCAGUGGGCUGGGAACAACAAAAAGACUGAGCCUUUAAAGAAAAUGUAGAAAAAACACAAAUUUGGGGCAAAACGAAUAAAAAGUUUGAUAUAACACAAUAAAGCGGCUUAUUUUUCAUCGGUGAAACAAUAAAUUCAGUAUUUUUUUGACUAAAAACUUCCCAUGAGAUAGAAAAGCAGAUUUUUGAAAUGUCCGCAUGAAUGAAACAAGUCUUUAAAUUUGAUCAGUGCCUUCCACUAGUGUAGGUCAAUUUCCCCCCAAAUAGUAAUUCACAUGGACUGAGUUUUAUAGUUUUAUCCUUCUUACAAAUCUUAGGAUUCCCUUUAAAAGUUGGACACUAGUGUCACUCAUUCACCUUCUUUUUUUUCCAGAAAAAAGGUCAUGUAGACUAAAUAGUAGCAUGUUAGUGUGAACACAGUAAAGUCUGUGCAGCAUUGUAUUGUCAGCAAAUAUCUCCCUCUAGUGUUGAAUCAUUGUUAUAACCUCCACUGACCCAAAGCUUUGGCAGCGUUUGUGUGCACUUUGAAUUCUUUUGGCUUUUUCCAGGUUUGUCACAUUCUGAUGUGUGUAGUCGGGUCCCGGUGUGUAACUCUGGAUGUAGGCUGGGACAGUUUUUUGCACCCUUCUGAGAUGUAGCUUUGCUUGAGUGACAGUAUGAUCGUUAUGCUAUUUAUUUCAUCAGAUUCUGUAUUCAUGUUAUUUUUGUACAUAGUGACUCCACACAUAUCACAUGAUUGAUGAGGAAAUACUUUGAAUUGUUAUGCUGUGAGUAUUGAUUUGAUUGUUUUGUCUCUUUCUAAUUUUGCAUCCCAGGCUCUUGUUAUUGCAAGAAAUCUGUUUAACUUUAUUCUUAAAAAAAAAAAGAGUCUGUUGAAGGUUUAAAAUGUAGCAUUUGAAUUAUUUGAGUUUGUUUUCUGUACUGCUGAUAUGAAGAACCUAAUUGUCUUGCAUGCACACAACAGCUGCAUGUUGUGCAUGUCUGACUGGACGCUCCCUGUACGUUCUCCUUCUGCUACUCUAUUUGAAUAUUGUCUCUCUGCUUUAAGGCAAACAAACAAUAUUUUGUCUGUUAGAUCCGGCACAUGUGUCUCCUAGUGUACGUCAUACGAUCAAGCAUAAUCUUUAGGCUAUGUCAUCUGUAAAACAGCCUGUUGUUAUGCAGUAGCAGUGUUGGAAUUGAUGCAGGCCUCAAUGAAAACAGGAAACAAAAACCUUGUUCUGUAUUGAUCAGAGGAAAGGUUUUCAGGCUUCGCUUUUGGAAAAACCUGUCCUUUGCACUGCGUCUGUAAUUCUGAUUGUCUCAUACAUAUACAGGUUUGGGAAUACAAGAUGCUAUGUGUGCUCUGUAAUAUUAUUUUUGUGUAUUUCUUUGCAAUUUUCACUUGUAGGUGCAGGGGAAAUAAAUUCAACAUGCCUUAUA